AUGACAACAAUAGAUGCUCGAAAUUUUUAUGAAACAAUUGAAGUCAUAUCGGUUAAUGGAGUUCACAAGACGAAACAGAGAAUUGAUCAUAUGAUCAUAAAAACACUUUUAGCUGGUGUUUUUCUAUCAUUUGGUGGUUUACUUCUUUUGACUGUAGGUGCUGGUAGUACUCCAAUUGUUCAGAAUCUUGGUUCUAGUAUACAUAAAAUGAUACAAGGUUCUGUAUUUCCUAUUGGUUUUGUUCUGAUUGUUAUUACUGGUGCGGAUUUAUUUACUGGUAAUACAAUGGUAUUAAUGAUAUCAACAUUACAUAGAAAAACAACUUGGCUUGAUCUUCUUAUUUCAUGGAUAGUUUCAUUUUUUGGAAAUCUUGCAGGUUGUUUAUUCUUUCAGUAUAUAUUCGUUUAUUAUGCAGGUCUUCUUUCUAAUGAUCCAUUUCGUUCAUUUACUGUGCAAUUAGCUGAAACAAAAGGUAAUAUCAAAUGGCAUGAAAUAUUUUUAAGAGGUAUUGGUGGUAAUUGGCUUGCAUGUCUUGCAUUAUGGUUAGCUACAAGUUCACGUGAAUUAUAUUCAAAAAUAAUUAGUAUUUAUUUACCUAUUUCUUGUUUUAUUACUGUUGGAUAUGAACAUUCAAUUGCAAAUAUGUUUACAGUUCAAAUGGGUAUGAUACUUGGUGCUAAUUUGUCAAUUACUAAAUAUAUUUUACAUGUAUUAAUACCAGUUACACUCGGAAAUAUUAUAGGUGGAGGAAUUUUUGUUGGUUUUGUAUAUUUUUAUCUUAAUUUACUGAAUAAGUUCAAAAUUGAUACUAAAACUAAUGGUAGAUCAGUGGCAAAUGAUGUUUAUCAAACCGUAGAACAGCAUGAUGAUUUAGAUCUAUCACAACAACCAUAA